AUGCGACUGAGGUAUGACUCCGGAAGCUUAGAGAAUUUUUCUUUCGCAGAGAUCAACCAGCACGUCCAGGAGUCGGAGAGCACGGACGAAACUGGCAGCGACUGCUUCGAGCACGAUGUCUACUACCGAGAGGCCAACCGUGCCAUCAGCAUGCACGGCACUCACAGGACCGUCCAGCACUCUGCGGAUGCAUGCCAAAAAGCCUGUGCGAACCACAACGGUUGUGCGCACUUUUCCUACUGGAGGGAUGGAGGCUGCCUCCUGACCAGUUCUGGAGCCCACUCCGUCCAUCACCACGGCGUGGUUUCGGGAUCCGGAAGCUGCUCGGGUGGCGCCAGUUACGAAGGAGCCCCUACAGGAGCCUACACGGGCCCUAGCGUCAUGACAGUGAAGAACCGUGGCGGCAUGCCUCCCCCCAAGGGUGUCCAGCAGUACAACGGCAUCGCUUGGCCGACUAUGAAGAUUGGCGAGCACAAGGCAGUGUACCACAUGUUCGCGAUUGGUGAUUGGGGAGCUCUCAUUGGAACCAACCCGGGUCGCAUGAUCCAGUAUCGCAGUGGCCAGACCGGCGGUCCUCACACCAUGGCACGCUGGCGUGGGCCCUGCACCACCGACCAGAUGGCAUCCUGCAUGGGCGGCGGCCAGUGCCCGUCAGAUUGCCACUUCGAGCACGAUGCUGACUACCGUGCGCAGGUGAACGUCGCAAAUACGAUGAGGAAGUUUGCGAAAGAUCGCAAUCCAGAUCUAUUCAUCAACGUCGGUGACAACUUCUACUGGGGAGGCAUCAACACCUACUGCGGAACGCCGAUGCACAAAAUCGACCCCGUUACGGCGCACCAGUUCCGAGAGAUCUUCGAGAAUGUUUAUCAUGGUCCCGGGGUGGAUGGAAAGCCCUGGCUCAGCGUCUUGGGGAACCACGACUAUGGAGGCUUCCAGUUCAACAAGGCCUGGGACCAGCAGAUCACCUACACCUGGGCCAGCGACCGCUGGGUCAUGCCAGGCCAGUACUUCAUGCAGCGGGUGGAGUAUCCUGAGUUCUCCGUUGAGAUCUUCAUGCUGGACUCCAACGCCAUGGACUCCCAUCCGAAGAGCGCUGACCCCAAGCACAACAUCUGCGGUGCCAUGCACAACCCUCCCGGGGCCAACUGCGCUUCCACAGGCGGACCGAGGGAUCUGGACGCCUGCUUCAAGUUCAUGUGGGACACCUGGAGAAGUCAGGAGAAGUGGACGGAGAAGAAGCUGGAGGAGUCUACAGCUGACUGGCAGCUUAUCGCCACGCACUUCCAGUGUGGACACCAGGCGAAUUGGUACAAGAAGCUCCACCAAAAUCUUGGCCUGGACCUCUUGGUGACCGGACACACCCAUGUGCAGAAUAUCUUCCACAAGUGGCACGUCCUGGGUGGUCUCACCUGCUUCAUUACUGGCGGCGGCGGAGGCAUUACCGCGGAGGUCUCGCCCAAGCAUAGCCACACCACGGCCUAUGGAUUUUUCGACUUGGCCUUCACCAAGGACGAAAUCAAGCUCGAGUCGAUCAAUUUCCGCGGAAACAAGAUAGGCUCUGCUACGGUGACUCCAGUUGCGAAGAACCUGUGA